UUGAAUUGAGAAUUGUAUCGCAUCCAACUUCACGUUGAUGUUUUUUGUUUUGUAAAUAAAGAAAAUAAAAUCAAAAAGAUUGAAAUUAGACCUGUUUUAACUUAAUUAACAGAAUAGUAAAGACUUUACAAGCAUUCUUAGUCAUCUAGUGUUAUAGAUCAAACAAUGGAGAAUAAUGAAGAGACUCAACCAAAGGAAAUUCCAUCAACAAGCAGAAACAAUCCAUUUCUGCAAAGAGACAUCAUGUCUACAUCUUAUGGAGAGAUUAAUAAUGCUGCUGUAAAUCAAAAUUAUGAGAAAAUGGAUGUUGGUGAAGACAUAAUUGACGAUUAUGAUAAUCUAGAAUUUACAGUCGAUGACAACAAUAUGAAGCAUUAUGUAGCAAAUGACUUGGAAUAUAAAAUUAAAAUUUCAUCUCCAAUAUCGUCGAGUCUACCUCACCCGUUCAAUACAUUACCAAAACAGUUAUCCUCUUCACUACCACCUCAACUGGAUUCGAAUGUUUUAAGUGAUCUCGAAAUUGAAGCUCAAUACUUAGCAGCAAAUGUGGAUAGUUUAACAGAGAAUUUAUCAAACUUACUACAUUCCAUAUCAGCAAUCGCAUCCGAUAAUGUCGAGGUAUACAAGACAUCUGUUAUUAAGUUGACAGACAUUAUUGAUGCAAAUAUUAAGAGUAUGUAUAGUGUUAUGGCUAAAACGGAAGAGAUCUCAAAAUCAAUGCAUAAAGCGGAACAGCUUUCCGUAAGAAUAAAGGAGAUUAAACGACUUGUGGACAUGUUUGAAGCUACAUUGUAAUAAUGUAUUAUUGUAUUGUUAAAAUUCCUCUAGUCAGCAUUUACGUGCUUGGUGUUCAUGUUAAUUGCUUGAUUUUUAUUUAUAAUAGCUUAAAAUUUGUCAAGACA